UGAACACUUCCUUGUGGUGCAGCUUCUCUCAAGCUUCUCAGCAUUUUCUACCACCAUCCCUGCACCGUGUUCACUUCAUUCAGCUAUUAACUUAAUUUCUUCUAUAUAAUAUAACCAACAAACAUACACAAAAUUAAGAAAUAUAAAAAACAAUACUCAGACUCAAAAAUCAGUUUUCCUCAAUUCUUGUUGCAUAUCAUGACACAAUCUUCAUUGUGUGUCUCUUCUAACUUCACCUAUGAUGUUUUCCUAAGUUUUAGAGGCAUAGAUACCCGCGAAAAUUUCACCCGUGACCUUUACGAUUCUCUUGAUCAAAAGGGUAUUCAUACUUUCAUUGAUGAAGAAGAAAUUCAAAAAGGAGAACAAAUCACACCAUCACUUCUUCAAGCCAUUCAACAAUCUAAGAUUUUCAUUGUUGUUUUCUCUAACAACUAUGCAUCCUCAACUUUUUGUUUGAAUGAACUUGUCACAAUCCUUGAGUGUUCCGACACACAAGGACGUUUGGUUUUGCCAAUUUUUUAUGAUGUUGAUCCAUCACAUGUUCGCCACCAAACUGGUGCUUAUGGUGAUGCUUUGAAGAAACACGAGGAGAGGUAUUCGGAUGAUAAAAAUAAGGUCCCAAAAUGGAGGGAUGCUUUAUACCAAGCUGCUAAUAUCUCUGGCUGGCAUUUCCAACAUGGGUCUGAAUCAGAAUACAAAUUUAUUGCAAAGAUCGUUGAGGAAGUCACUAAGAAGACCGACCGCACUCGUUUACAUGUUGCUGAUAACCCAGUUGCGCUAGAGUCGCGAGUGUUAGAAGUGGCAUCUCUUCUAGGGUCCGAUUCUGAUAAAGCAGCCAGCAUGGUUGCCAUUUAUGGAAUCGGUGGUGUGGGUAAAUCAACAUUGGCUCGUGCCGUGUACAACCAAAUUUCUAAUCACUUUGAUGGUGUGUGUUUUCUUGCUGAUAUAAGAGUCAAUGCAACUAAUCAUGGUCUUGUGCAACUCCAAGAAACACUACUUUCUGAAAUACUUUGUGAGAAGGAUAUUAGAGUGAGAGAUGUUUACAGAGGAAUUUCAAUCAUAAAAAAGAGGCUCCAAAAAAAAAAGGUACUUUUGGUUCUUGAUGAUGUUGACAAAGCGAAGCAGAUACAAGUACUUGCAGGGGGACAGGAUUGGUUUGGCUCCGGUAGCAAGAUCAUAAUCACUACAAGAGACAAACAUUUGUUGUCUAUUCAUGAGAUUCUAAAGUUAUAUGAGGUUAAACAGUUAAAUCAUGAAAAAUCUCUUGAGUUGUUUAAUUGGCAUGCCUUUAGAAACAGAAAAAUCGAUCCAUGUUAUGGCGAUAUUUCAAACCGUGCAGUUUCUUAUGCUCAUGGCCUUCCAUUGGCUUUGGAGGUCAUAGGUUCUCACUUGUUUGGCAAAAGUUUAGAUGUAUGGAAAUCUGCAUUAGAUAAAUAUGAAAGAAUUCUUCAUAAAGAUAUUCUUGAAAUUCUUAAAGUUAGCUAUGAUGAUUUGGAUGAAGACGAGAAGGGUAUUUUUCUUGACAUCGCUUGUUUCUUCAAUUCGUAUGAAAUUAGCUAUGUCAAAGAAAUAUUAUACCUGCAUGGUUUUAAAGUGGAAAAUGGCAUUCAAGUGCUGACUGACAAAUCCCUCAUAAAAGUUGAUGGCAAUGGUUGUGUGAGAAUGCAUGACUUAGUUCAAGACAUGGGCAGAGAAAUCGUGAGGCAGGAAUCAACAUUGGAGCCUGGCAGACGCAGUAGAUUAUGGUUUGAUGACGACAUAGUUCAUGUUUUGGAAGAAAAUACGGGCACUGGUACAAUUGAAGUCAUAAUCAUCAACUUGUGCAAUGACAAAGAAGUGCAGUGGAGUGGAGAAGCCUUCAAGAAGAUGAAAAACUUGAAAAUUCUUAUAAUUAGAAGCGCGCGCUUUUCUAGGGGACCUCUAAAACUACCAAACAGUUUGAGAGUUCUAGACUGGAGUGGAUAUCCAUCAGAUUCCUUACCAGCUGAUUUUAAUCCUAAGAAUCUAAUGAUACUUAGUUUGCCUGAAAGUUGCCUUAUAUCGUUCAAAUCACUCAAGGUGUUUGAGUCCUUGAACUUUCUGGACUUUGAAGGCUGCAAGUUAUUAACUGAGCUACCUAACUUGUCUGGUCUAGCAAAUUUGGGGGCACUGUGUCUUGACAACUGCACUAAUUUAAUUACGAUUCAUAAGUCAGUCGGUUUUCUUGAUAGACUCGUGUUAUUGAGUACUCAAGGAUGCAACCAACUAGAAAUUUUGGUGCCCUGCAUCAAUCUGUCAUCUCUAGAGACUCUAGAUAUGAGGGGUUGCUCGCGUCUCAAGAGCUUCCCUGAAGUUUUGGGAGUGAUGGAGAAUAUAAGAGAUGUUUAUUUAGACGGUACUUCCAUAGAGAAGUUGCCAUUUUCAAUUGGAAAUCUUGUUGGCCUCGAACGAUUGUUCUUGAGGGAAUGCAAAAGCCUAACUCAACUACCGGAUAGUAUUCGUAUAUUGCCUAAACUUGAGAUAAUAAUGGUUUAUGAUUGUAGAGGAUUUCAAUUGUUUGAGGAUAAAGAAAAAGUUGGUUCAAAAGUGUUUCCAAAAACCAUGGUUGUUUUUAAUGAAGGAAAGAGGACAGUGCUUGAUGCGUGUUCUCUUAACAUCUGUGCCAAUAAUGCUAUAGAAGUAUGUGAACCUUCAUUUAUCAGCAAUGAUUUCAGAUUCGUGUUUAAAGGGAUUUUUGAAGGGAGAGUAAAUUGGUGCAUCAAGAAAUCAUCUCCGUGUUUUUGGUUUCGAAAUAAAUUCCCUCAGAUAAUUCUAUGUUGUUCUGGAGAACCUCCGAUGAAUAAAGACAAUAUGAUAUUGGAUUUCAAGUUGAGUGUACUCAUCAAUGGCACUAAGCAAUUCAGUUCUUCAUGUAACUACAUAUUUUCUGCAGGAAGGAUAUCAGACCAAAUACUUAUGUGUGAUUUAGUGUGCAAAGUGGAAAGAUCAUAUUUAGAGCAUGAAUGGAAUAAAGUAGAGAUUUUAUAUGAGUUCAAAUACCCUAUGCCAUUAGGCUCUGAAAGGAUAAUGGCCAACCAUGACAGGACCACAACAAGAAAUCCAAGUUGGUCCCUCAUUUAUGUCUGUCAAGAUAUAAAAGAGGAUGUCAAAUUUAUGUCUGAGUUUAUGGAAUACAAAGAGGUUCAGAGAAGAAAGGAAACACUAUUGGGUUUUCACUCUAUGCAGAACAAGAAUCAUGGAUUUGAUUGGAUUGGGUUUUUAAUAGAAAAGUCAACUUCUAAGGAUGUUUUAUAGGCUGUUGCUAUAUUACAAGCUUGUAGCAUACCAAAGUAUACCAGAAACUAUGAUGGAAGGCCAUGCCAGAUUAGUUUGGAAGCACAGGUGUUUUGAUGAGGAUUGGCUAAGGACCAAAGGAGUAUCUCAGUACCUAUUGUCCAGAAAGUUCUUAUGAUGUUAGGAGUUUUUUUUUCCUGGUGUGUGGAUGUGUGGAGCACAUUCACAUAAUCAGUGUCCUAAUUAAUUCUGCAUUUCAAGUAGCUCACAUUGUAGUCAAGAUUGUAAAACUAUAAAUAUAACCUAUUAGUUUUGAUUUUUUUUCCUUCUUUCAAGUGGCAUAAGUCCUAUUAGUUUUUGCCCUCCGGCAUUAGGUCGGCUACAUGCAGACCAACCAAUGGGUUGGCUACUGACAACCCUCUAACAGACUACAUCUGGGCAGAUCAUGACCCAACUGCCGAGGGCAAUGGCAUGGGACCAACCCACAAGCUCACAUAAAGAUAUCCGAGUCGUUGACAACAUGGGUGCUGACAAUAAAGGGCCAUCUGAUGACCGUGCGAGUCCCGGCAGCCUGUGUCCUGAUAUUGUAAUUAAAUUCUCACAAAAUAUUUAUAGAUAGAAUGGAUAUCCAUCCAUAUAAAAAUUGUAAUCGAUAGAUUAAUAGAUUGUUUUAGUUAAUCCAUCAUAAUCCAAUAAAAAGUUAUGUAAAUCAUA